AUGGAGGGCACCGCUACUCACAUGCUGUAUCCCCGACAGUCGGCGGGAUCGAAUCGCAACCAAGGCUCCAACUCGCUCUCUGGCAUCGUGUCGACAUUGGUUCCGACCGCCGUUAUUGCCCUCGUCGCCCUCAUUGUCUUCCUCCUCGUUCGAACCCGCUACUCCCGUGUCUACCGACCCAGAACCAACGACAGACUCCUUGCGAAAGGAUGGACGACUCCUCAAUCCAAGUCAAGCUUCUUUGGCCUUCUUCGCAACUACUCUUCCCUUCCCGACGCCUAUGUCCUCGGUCACAAUUCUCUUGACGGUUAUCUCUGGCUUCGCAUGUUCAAGGUGUUGAUUGUCAUGUGCCUUGUUGGCUGCUUCAUCACCUGGCCCGUCCUCUUCCCCGUCAAUGCCACCGGACAUGGCGGCCAGGAGCAACUCGACAUGCUGAGUAUGAGCAACGUUGCCGACCCGAAGAGGUACUACGCUCAUGCUCUCGUCGCCUGCGUCUACUUGGGCUUCGUCACUCUCCUGAUUGCGCGCGAAAGACUCAAUUUUGUCGGGCUGCGGAGAGCCUACUUCCUAUCUGCUGCUCACGCACAACGUCUUUCUUCAAGAACAAUUUUGGUCAUGGGAUUGCCUCACGGGUACAUGGAGGAGAAGCCGCUACGACAGAUGUUCGGCUCGGCAGUGCGUAGAGUCUGGCUCGUGACGGACUGCAAGAAGCUCGAGAAAGACGUCAAGGAGAGGAGAAAGACAGCCUUGAAACUCGAAGGUGCCGAGAUGAAGCUCAUCAAGCAAGCCAAUGCCACCCGACUGAAGGCCGAGAAGAAAUCCAACGCUGCAAGCUCAUCCGAAGCUGCUGGUUCGGAACCCAAGCGCUGGAUCAACGAGAAGAAACGUCCCAAGCACAGACUGAUGCCCCAGCUCUGGAGAAAGGUCGAUACUAUCAACUGGUCUCGAGGCAGACUGGAGGAAUUAAACCGAUACGUCCCUGAGCAGCAGAAUGAGCAUCUUGACCUGCAUCACACCAAGGUCCCCGCCGCCUUCAUUGAGUUCUCGAACCAGACGGCCGCUCACGAUGCCUACCAAUCCGUUGGUCGUGACUCCAAGACGAGAUUUUCUCCUCGCUACAUCGGCGUGCAACCCAGCGAGGUCGUCUGGAAGAACUUGGGCACGAGCUACAGCUCUCGAAAGGUCAAGGUCAUCAUUGCGACUAUUAUCGUCUGGGUCAUGAUUAUCUUCUGGGCCAUCCCAGUUACCUUUGUUGGCGCAUUGUCCAACAUCAAUUACCUCACCAACAAGGUCCCUUUCUUGAGCUUCAUCAACAAGAUUCCCAAGGUAGUCUUGGGUGUUGUCACUGGUUUGUUGCCGGUGGUUCUCCUGGCUAUCCUCAUGGCACUUGUACCCAUUUUCUGCGGAUUACUGGCCAAGUUCGCGGGGGAGCCAACCCAGUCGGCUAUCCAGCUCAAGGUGCAGUCAUGGUAUUUCGCCUUCCAAGUAGUGCAGGUCUUCCUCAUUACCACAUUUGCCUCCAGUGCCAGUGCCGUGACAACCCAAAUCGUCCAAAAUCCUGGCUCGGCACCCAGCCUGCUUGCAACCAACUUGCCCAAGGCGUCCAAUUUUUACAUCAGCUAUUUCAUUCUUACCGGCUUGAUGCAGGCAGCUCUCCAGUUGCUCAACAUUGUCCCGUUGCUGAUGUACGUCCUGCUGGGCAAGUUUUUGGACAAGACUCCACGGAAGAAGUACAACCGUUUCGUCAAUCUCCCCGGUAUCGGAUGGGGCUCGACUUAUCCCAAGUUCACCCUCCUCGGAGUGAUAGCCGUCUCGUACUCGUGCAUUGCACCAUUGGUGCUGGGCUUUGCCACGAUCGGAUUCUGCCUUCUCUACCUCAUGUUCAGAUACAACUGGUUGUUCGUCUUUGGCAACAGAUUCGACACAAAAGGCGAAGCAUACUCAAGGGCAUUGAAGCAACUGAUGACCGGUGUCUACCUGGCCUCGCUGUGCCUUAUCGGGCUUUUCGCCAUUGGGUGUAGCAAGAGCAGAGCCAGCGCUGGCCCGUUGGCCAUCAUGGUCGUUUUCCUGGUUGUGGUUGUCAUCUUCCAAAUCAUGUUCGACCGUGCUAUUGCACCGCUGGAACAACACAUGCCGCUAGAGUUGCUGAACGGCAACAAAUUCAGCACCACGAUCAUGGAGCAAUUUGUUGACGAACAACAUCUCAAGCACGAGAAUAUGGAGGCUGGCGCUGGCUCUUCGUUCCGCGGCAAUUCGGCCGUCCCGACAGAGGUAGGAACUACUAAAGCUGAGGACGCCGGCGAUCAACCGGGCUACAAGGCGCAGUCCAAAUCCCCACCAUUCAACUUUUUGAGCCGACGUAUUGAGCCUCUCGCCUUGAAGUUCUACGAGAGUAACAAAAAGAUUGUCCCUGACUCGGCCGACUCGGAAGACUGGAUCCCAGGAUAUACCCCAGAGGAGUAUGAACAGUCGUACGUCAAUCCUGCCAUCACCGACCAGGCACCAGUUGUCUGGUUGGCAAAGGACAGGUCUGGUGUCAGUCGCAUGAUGGUGGCUGAGAACAGAGAGGCAGGCAUCCCGAGUACGGAUGCGCACGCUGAACUCGACGAGAAGAACAAGCUUGUCUGGCACGAGGAACAGGUCAAGGAGAUGCCGUUGUGGCAGAGACUUGUGAGGUACUGA